CUACCUUUUGCUGCUGCCGCCGCCACCAUACUCAAACAAGCUAUGAAGAAUCAUUAUCAGCUUCUACAUCUGAUUAUAACACAGUCAUCCAUUGCACAGCAUUCCGGCCAAUUAUUCACACUUUUCCACUUUUUCUUUUUGCAACUGCACAAAUGCUCUGAAUUAUUCAUUUAGAUCGAUUUUCGAGAGUUAUUGCCGGAAAAGAAGGAACAAACUUGUGCACAGGUGAAUGGUCGAUAAGUAAUGAAUUUAUUCAAAUGUUCCGAGUCGAGAUAUAUGUACACUUUUUUGAAUGAAUAAAUUAAAAAAUGAAAAUGAACUAGGUUGAAAAUUUGGAAACAUGGAAAUUGUCUAAAUGAAAAUUGACGUGACAUAAUUCGAAUCGAACCCAUGUUCAUCCUUAUUAAACUAUUUGAGAAAAGAAUAGGUCGAACCAGCGCCGCACCUUUCAUACAAGCGUUUGGGGCCGAGCCCAAUCUGAAAUUUUCUGAAUUUCACGCAUUCAUCAUUUCUAGAAAAAAAUUGCCGGAGCCUCAUUUUAAUUUUUCUACGGUACGGCGCUGGGUCGAACGCUCGUAUAAUUCGAUUUUAGGGCAAAACAAGUAUUUUCAAAUCACAAAAUAGAAGGUCUAUUAUAGAACCACAUUCAUUCAAUCAUCAUCAAUCUUUCAAUCACAGCAACCAUUUGAUGAAAUCGAAUAUAUAAGUUAAUAUAUUGGAUGACUAUCAUUACGGAAAAAAUAAUCGCUAAAUUUUCGUGCUGAUUAACAUUUCCACUUUGGUUUGGUCGCUUCAACAACUGGCCUUCUAAAGGGUGAUUCAUUUAGAGGUUUUUUUUUUCAAUAGGGAUUUUUUCGUGGAUCACGCGUGAUUCGUGUCCAACUGUCAGGCUAUUUUUGUUCAGUAUUGUUUGGCAUUUUAUCAUGGAAAGACUCACUCCAGCCCAACGUUUACAAAUCGUUCAAUUGUACUACGAAAAUUCGCGUUCUGUGAGGAAUGUGUUUCGUGGACUUCGGUCAACUUAUGGUCAACAUCAUCGACCCACGGAACCCACUAUACGGAAUACCAUCGCCAAAUUGGAAACCCAAUUUACAUUAUUGGAUGAUUUACGACCGAAUAGACCACAUCCAGCUCGCAGUGCUGAAAAUAUAGCGGCGGUAGCCGACAGUGUACGCGAAGACCGGGAAGAAUCGAUUCGGCACCGUUCGCAGCAGCUUGGCUUGUCUUAUGCCACCACCUGGCGUAUUUUACGUCGUGAUCUUGGUUUAAAGGCUUACAAAAUUCAACUCGUGCAAGAAUUGAAGCCAACCGACAUGCCCAAUCGCUACCGUUUCAGUGUUUGGGCCCUCGAAAAACUGGAAGAAGAUCCACUGUUUUCGACCAGAAUUUUGUUCAGUGAUAAGGCCCACUUUACGCUCAAUGGCCACGUAAAUAAGCACAAUUGCCGUAUUUGGGGAGAAGAAAAACCCGAACAAGUUCAAGAACUGCCAUUACAUCCAUUGAGAACAACGGUUUGGUGUGGUCUUUGGGCGGGUGGAAUCAUUGGACCUUACUUCUUUCGAAAUGAGGCCGGCCGCAACGUUACUGUCAAUGGGGACCGAUAUCGCGAAAUGAUAACGGACUGGUUGGUGCCUGAAAUUGAAGCCCGUGAUCUCGACGAUAUUUGGUUUCAACAAGACGGCGCUUCAUGCCACGUAUCGCGACUUUCAAUGGCGCUAUUGCGACGUCAAUUCGGUGAACAGUUGAUUUCGCGCAACGGACCGGUCAAAUGGCCACCAAGAUCGUGCGAUAUCACCCCGUUAGACUUCUUCCUUUGGGGCUAUCUGAAGUCAAAAGUCUACGCGAACAAGCCAGCGACGAUUGACGCUUUGGAAGCCAACAUUACGCGAGAAAUUGCCGCAAUUCAGGUCCCUAUGCUCGAAAGAGUCAUCGAAAAUUGGAACUUCCGGAUGGACCACCUUAAGCGCAGUUAUGGCCAACAUCUGAAAGGGAUUAUCUUCAAAAAGUAAAUGCCAUAGAAUGUUCUUUCAGAUGGUAAUAAAAAUUUGGCGAUCGAUUUAAAUUUUCUGUGUUUUAUUCAAAAAUAAAAAAAAAAGUUUUAAAUGAAUCACCCUUCUUUAUAUAUCUCAUCUUUUUUUUGAAGAAAUAGUAAGAUUUGAUGAAUAAACAGUUUUACGUCUUAUCCAGAAACUUCUCUGUUCAAUUUCACAAUGCAAAUCUCGUGUUAAUAUCGUCCAGUUUUUGAAAUUGUUGAUUUUCUUUUCGUUUGCAAAAUGAUGAUAAGUCUCAUCCACUACUUUACUGGUUGCCAUGAAAUAAUUCAAAUUCUAUCACAUUUCAUUCUCUUGUUUUGACGAAUGUUUUGUUUUGUAUGCGUUGCACGGACGUGUUUUUGAAAUGGAUGAUUCAAUUGAGUGGUGCAUCGGAUUGUGCUAAUUUUAGUUUGAAUUACAUGUUUAAAAUUGCUUUUGGAAUAAUGUUUGAAUUUUGUUUAACUUCAGUUCAUUUAAUGCUUUUGUUAAAUUCCUCGCACUUUUUUCUCAUAACAAAUACGCCGUUCGCAAAUCCAAACUUUGUUCUGGUCAUUUUCUUUUUUCGAUUCUAAACUUUUAUACUUCUGAUUCUUUUUUAUGUAUGUUUUUAUAGUCUUUUUUCACUGUUUCGCGCUCUCUGUUAUUGUGGCUUCAAACCGCUGAACUUAGCUAUUUUCACUGUUAUAAAAAGAGUUUAGUUGCUUUCAAUGCGAGUUUAUCGGGCAAAUUAACGCUUCGAAUAGUAGGCGUGCAUAACAAGGGAUAAUGACGAACUUUUGACUCGAAUGAAUGCUUUAUUUGGUUCAGAAACACGAUUAGAAGUCAUGGAAAAGGUGAAAUUCAAAAGCAAAAAUAUGAAAAUGAAUGGAUUCAAUCAGGCGUAGUGUGAUGCUCUGGAAUAAAUUAAUAAUGGUGUAUAGUGUAUACUGUAUGUCUUUGUUGUUAAUUUCUUUCCCGGUUUUCGUUGUUAUUUUUUCUAUUUUGAUGACAAACCUCGGUGAAAUUAGCCGCGUUACUACGCCGCAGCUGUUGCAAUAAAGAGUUUUAGUGCGUACAUACAAAACUAGUUUAUGUUUACAAAGUGUUUCGCCAAGGUCCCAGUUACCUCAUGGAAUUGCCCUAACGCACUAAAGACAGUCCUGGUCAUGUCUUUGCGAUCGUAAACAAUAUAUAUAUAAAUAUAUAUACUGUCGUUUAGGCACCCAAUUGAAUAUUUUCACCAAUUGAACUUUCUUUCGGUUUAAUUCCCUCAUUUGUAAUAAGACAAACAAGAAAGCCACACGCACUGCAAACCAAAAAAAGGUCAAUUACUUCACCAUGCUUAAAAUUGUAAACAAUUGAAAUUGGGUGUGUGUCAACAAAAUAAGCUGAAUUAAGUCGAAGGUAACAAUCAGUGAAAAUUGUGGCCCAAUAAUGAUUUGCAAACAUAGCUUUAUGUUUCAUUGUCUUCCCGUGUGCAAAUAAAGUGACUGACAGUCAUUCAGUUGUAUGUAACUGCAAAUAACUAAAACUGGCUAAAUUGAUUGAAUUCAAGAAUGUUGUAUAGAAACAAUCACUUUUAGUUAUUCAUUCAGCCAGCCGUCUAAUUUCGAACUUUUUGGCUACUAGAUGACUAUAACUGAAGUUGACUACAGUCGAAUAUUUUGUUCGAGAUAAUCACUUUUAGUUACUGAUAGUCAGCCAAAAAGUCCGAAAUUAGACGGCUGGCUAGUCAGUCACAAAUUUUUCACACGGGUUAUUAUCAUGUAAAUUUUGCCACCUAAUCUAAGAAAAUUCUUUCGUUAGUUUGUUCAUUUGCUUUGCAUGUUGCUGUAAGUAUUUUUCUUUUGUCAGCGUUCAGUUACUAGACAUCAACUUCUAGUGCCUAUUUGAUUGUUGAAAUUGCCACCGAAAAUUUAUUACAAUAAAGCCAUUGCCAGUGAUUAUAUAAAUUCUUGGGCUGAUUAUAUUCAGUGCUAUCCUUAUUGCUACUCAAGUUCACAACAUUCGAUUCAGUGAGACAAACGCUCUUU